GUCAAAUCAAGAGAGCACACUACACAGUGCUUUUAUUUUCUUUAUUUUUCAAUCAGUCCAUGUUUUUAUAUUGAUAAUUCGAACAUUGGCAAGGGCAAGCAUUUGCCAACGAAAAAAUGGGAAAACUGAACGUGUCAGUGAUGCGUUACCUAACUCCCGAAGACUUCCGAGUCCUUACAGCCAUUGAAAUGGGCAUGAAGAACCACGAACUGGUGCCAGGCCCUUUGGUGGCCUCUAUAGCAAACCUCCAACACGGGGGGGUACACAAAUUACUUCGAGAACUGUGUAAACACCGUCUGCUGAGCUACGAGAGAGGCAAAAAGUAUGAUGGCUACCGUCUCACCAACACUGGCUAUGACUAUUUAGCUCUGCAUUCUCUGACCAAGAGGAAUGUUCUCGGGUCCUUUGGGAACCAAAUAGGGGUCGGGAAAGAGAGCAACAUCUACGUUGUAGCUUCCCCUGAGGGUGAGGAAUUGUGCUUGAAGUUGCACAGACUGGGCAGGGUGUGUUUUCGUAAGGUUAGUGAGAAGAGGGACUAUCACAAGCACAGGAAGUCAGCUUCUUGGCUGUAUUUGUCGAGGAUAUCUGCCACCAAAGAGUUUGCUUACAUGACAGCUCUGUAUGAGAGGAAGUUCCCUGUACCCAAACCCAUAGACUUCAACAGGCACUGUGUAGUGAUGGAACUUAUUCAAGGGCAACUUCUCAACCAUGUAAGUGAAGUUGUAAGUGUUGAUGCACUUUAUGAUGAUCUCAUGAAUUUGAUAGUCCGUUUUGCUGACUCUGGAGUCAUACAUGGUGACUUUAAUGAGUUCAAUAUCAUCCUCAAUGAAGAAGAGAAACCUGUUAUUAUUGACUUUCCCCAAAUGAUUUCUACUGAGCAUGUGAAUGCAGAGUAUUUCUUUAACAGAGAUGUCAACUGUGUGAGAGAUUUCUUCAAGAAAAGGUUUGCAUAUGAGAGUGAAUUGUAUCCCAAGUUUUCUGAUAUUGAGAGAUUGGAUAAUAUGGAUGCUCAAGUAUUAUGCUCUGGGUUUACUAAGGAAAUGGCCAAACACAUCAAUAUCGAAUUGGGAAUUGAUGAAAGUGAUGAUAGUGAAAGUGAAGAAGCUACAGGGCAGGUCAAUGAUGACCCAGAUCAGUUUUUUGAUGCAUGUGAGACUCUUGAUAAAAAUAUUGAUGAUAUGAGUGAACCACUGAAAGAUACAAAUUAUUCCACUAUUGAUGAUAUCAUGGAUCAGAUGAAGAUCAACCAUCAUAGUAAAAACACAUCAGAUAGUGAAACAGAAAAUUCCUUUGACAACUUUGAAUCAAGGAGUAUAAGGUCCACAGCAACUACAAUACAUCCAGAUGAGAUAAAGAGAAGGAUGAAGAAGCAGAUGAUGGCCAGAGAUAAGAAAGAGGGAAGGAAAAAAUGUGUUGCUAAAGGGGAAGCUAGUGCAGUAACUAGGACAAGGAGGGAAAAUGUACAUACCAUCAGGCAAAGCAAAGGAUGGGAUGAUUGAAGUUAGAUUAGUAAUAUUCAGGUGGUUUAAUUGAACUCAAACAAUAUGCAGAACAUUUAUAUUGUAACAGCUUUAUAUAUUGUUUCAUUGUUGAAUAAAAAUUU